AUGAAGCUCGCCGGACUUGCAGUCCAGUCCGUUCUCCUUGGGCUAUAUGCAUCGCUCGUCGUCGCCAUGAGCUAUCUCCUCCUUAACGCCAAGGGGGCGGAGCGGAGGAAGAAUCGUGCGCUUCUUGCAGGCCUUGUAUUGCUUUCCGCCAUGAUCACUGGGUACUGGAUCUGCAUCGUCAUACGCGCCUUUGAGGCCUUUGUAAUCUGGCGUGGCGGACUACAGGCAUCCGUGUUCUAUGAAGACUCGACGGGCCCAAGCAGCGUCGCAAGGGAGGCGUUCCACAAGGCGACGAUCAUCGUCUCGGACGCAUUCGUUAUUUCUCGUCUUCAUGCUGUUUGGAAUCGCUCCAAAAUUAUCGCCGCAGGCCCUGUACUCUCUCUCAUUGGAACAAUCGUGUCCUCCAUCGGGGCGACAUACGCUUUUGGUGCGUACGACACAUCGAACCCUUCCUCCGUCGCGGCACUUUCCCAAUGGCACAUCGCCCAGACUUCCUUCACGCUGAGCAUCAACAUCUACUGUACAUCCCUGACCUUCUGGCGCAUCUGGCGUACGCAUCGCGAGACGGCCAAGUAG